ACCUCUGCUUCCACCCACCCCCACAGAGACGGACCGGCUCCGAUCGAAGCUGCCCGUGCCCGACGACCAUGGCGUCAGCUGCGAGAACCACGCCGGGGCCGGGCAGGUCCGUCGUCGUCCUCGUCUCCCUCGCCACGCUCCUCCUCGUCACCUUCGUCUCCACCGUGGAGAGCUACGACGGCCGGCAUGCCGUGGCGCACUCGGUCAUGGCGCGGCGGUCCCGCCUGGGGACCCGACACGUGCAGCACCACCACCGCCGCACCACCACGGUGCCGCACCGGUACGUCCUUGCGGAGAAGAGCAGCCCGACCGGCGGCGGCAGCAGUCCCAAGAACCGCAGCAGCUCCCCUGCGACGGCCAACAACGCCAGCGCGCCGGCGCCGGCCGCCUCGCAGAGUGACGGCGGGCGUCGCCACCGCAGCCACAAGCACCGGGUGCGCAACUGGAUCAUCGGCUUCGUGGUGGGUUCCGUGGCGGGCGUCAUCUCCGGUCUGGUGCUGUCGGUGCUGUUCCGGCUGGCGCUCAACUGCGUCCGCGGGCGGUACCGGUCGCGCUCCGGCGUGAUGAUCUUCACCCCGAAGCUGAUCCGGCGGCCGGAGCACCUGGCGUUCCUGGAGAAGGAGGACGGGCUGGCGUCGCUGGCCGUGAUCGGGCGCGGCGGGUGCGGGGAGGUGUACAAGGCGCAGCUCCCCGUGGAGCGGGAGGGCGACGCGCCCCGCUUCAUCGCCAUCAAGAAGAUCAAGAAGCACGGCGGCGACGCGCCGGCCACCAACAACAACCUCAGCGACGAGGAGAGCCGGCAGCUGGACAAGCGGUCGCGGCAGAUCCAGUCGGAGAUCCGCACGGUGGGCCACAUCCGCCACCGCAACCUGCUGCCGCUGGCGGCGCACGUGCCGCGCCCGGACUGCCACUACCUGGUGUACGAGUACAUGAAGAACGGCAGCCUGCACCACGCGCUGAAAGCCGGCAACAGUGCCGUCGAGGUCGAGGACGGCGGCGGCGGCGAGGACGGAGGCACCGGCACCUGCACCGGAACCUCCGGCGGGCUUUCGUGGCCGGCGCGUCUCCGCGUGGCGGUGGGCGUGGCGGCGGGGCUGGAGUACCUGCACGUCUCCCACCAGCCGCAGAUCAUCCACCGGGACCUGAAGCCGGCCAACAUCCUGCUGGACGACGACCUGGAGCCCCGGAUCGCGGACUUCGGGCUGGCCAAGGCGAUGCCGGACUCGCACACGCACGUGACGGCGUCGAACGUGGCCGGCACGCUGGGGUACAUCGCGCCGGAGUACUACCAGACGGUGAAGUUCACGGCCAAGUGCGACGUGUACAGCUUCGGGGUCAUCCUGGCGGUGCUGGCCACGGGGAAGGAGCCGUCCGACCAGUUCUUCACGGAGACGGAGGAGGUGGUGGGGCUCGUCAAGUGGCUGCGCCGAGUCAUGGAGAGCGGGGAGCACGCGCAGGCCAUCGACCCGGCCAUCGCCGGCGCCGGACACGACGAGCAGAUCCUGCUGCUGCUGCGCAUCGCGCUCUUCUGCACCAAGGACGACCCCAAGGAGCGGCCCACCGCCAAGGACGUCCGCUGCAUGCUCUCGCAGAUCAAGACCUAGCCACCCAGCCACUUCAAUCAGAUCAAUCACUACAUACAAAUUACUACCCGUUUGAGAUUAUCUCCUAGAUUUACCAGUCAUCAGCGAAUCGUAUCUUUAGUCAUAACAUUUUAGGCAAACGAAGAAAGUAGUUUCAAAUUUCAAUAAAUUCUCUCUGCGUCUCUGGACUGUGGAUUAGUGCUAGCUAGAGUAGCAACUGUUGUAUUGUAGCACGUAUCGUGAAAUCGUCGCGGCAGCUGUCAAGUGGGACCGGUUGACUAGGACUGGUCAGUAGGAUAGUACUAGAUCGGGAAGUCGGCGCACGCGCUGGACUAGGGACCGGACCUGGUAUACACAUCAAUGCAUCUCUAUCCUUUGUUUUUGCUUGCGAGAUGCUUGCGAGCUUUGGCAUGGUUAGUGCUAAAUACCAGUAUGAUUCACGUGCUCCUUUUCUACAGUAUCUUUGCUUGAAA